GGCAAUUAGACGGGGAGGAGCGGGGAGGAGCGGCGCGGCCGUCAGACCCCGCAAACCCGGUCCUGAGGAGCAGCUCCGACCUAGGUGCGGCCUGGUGCCUGCUUGAAGCGAGCUCCUUAGUGUUGGGUGGGUGUUGCAGGCGGACGCGGACAUCAAGACCCGGCCCUCGUAGGUACCCCGGCUGCGGUGGGGCCGGCAGGCAGCGGCGAGGGACGCGACCUAGGCCGGGAGGUUCCCGGGCUGGCGGGCAGGUGGCAAAGCCCAGAGGGAGUCGCGGUCCGGGCCGAGGGGCGGGGCCUGAGGGCGCGGCCGUUCUGUGCGCCCUCUGGUUGGUCUGCGCCCUCAGCGCCCGGCCCGCUUCAGGCCCCUCCCAUCCGCGCUAAAACACCUCCCGGCCACCGAGCCCAGGAGCGUCUCCGCCUUCGCCGGCGGGGACCAAACGGGAUAGAGAGUCGAACAGCCACCAGCGAGGCCUGGAGCCGCGAUGUUCCCCCGGGAGACGAAGUGGAACAUCUCGUUCGCGGGCUGCGGCUUCCUCGGCGUUUACCACAUCGGCGUGGCUUCCUGCCUCCGCGAGCACGCGCCCUUCCUGGUGGCCAACGCCACGCACAUCUAUGGCGCCUCGGCUGGCGCCCUUACGGCCACGGCGCUGGUCACCGGGGCCUGCCUGGGCGAGGCAGGUGCCAAUAUCAUUGAAGUGUCCAAGGAGGCCCGAAAGAGGUUCCUAGGCCCCCUGCACCCCUCCUUCAACCUGGUGAAGACUAUCCGGGGCUGCCUACUGAAGACCCUGCCUGAUGAUUGCCACGAACGCGCCAGUGGGCGCCUGGGCAUCUCCCUGACUCGGGUAUCGGAUGGCGAGAAUGUCAUCAUCUCCCAUUUCAACUCCAAGGAUGAGCUCAUCCAGGCCAAUGUCUGCAGCACCUUCAUCCCUGUGUACUGUGGCCUCAUCCCUCCCUGCCUCCAAGGGGUGCGCUAUGUGGACGGCGGCAUUUCAGACAACUUGCCACUCUAUGAGCUUAAGAACACCAUCACUGUGUCCCCGUUCUCGGGCGAGAGUGACAUCUGUCCCCAGGACAGCUCCACCAACAUCCAUGAACUGCGGGUCACCAACACCAGCAUCCAGUUCAACCUGCGCAACCUCUACCGCCUCUCCAAGGCCCUCUUCCCCCCAGAGCCCAUGGUGCUUAGAGAGAUGUGCAAGCAGGGCUACAGGGACAGCCUGCGCUUCCUGAGGCGGAACGGCCUCCUGAACCGGCCCAACCCCCUGCUGGCGCUGCCCGCCACCCGAGGACGUGGGGAGGAAGACAGGGAGGAGGCCAGCGGGGGCGUAGAGAGCAGCGGCACUGAGGAGCGACUGCUGCCACCCGGUGAAGACCACAUCCUGGAGCAUCUGCCCUCGCGGCUCAAUGAGGCCCUGCUGGAGGCUUGCGUGGAGCCCAGGGACUUGAUGACCACACUGUCCAACAUGCUGCCUGUGCGGCUGGCCACAGCCAUGAUGCUGCCCUACACUCUGCCGCUGGAGAGUGCGGUGUCUUUCACCAUCCGCCUGCUGGAGUGGUUGCCUGAUGUGCCCGAGGACAUCCGGUGGAUGAAGGAACAGACGGGGAGCAUCUGCCAGUAUCUGGUGAUGCGCACCAAGAGGAAGCUGGGCAGUCACCUGCCCUCCAGGCUGUCUGAGCCCACUGAGCUUCGUCGAGCUCGGUCAUUACCCUCGGUGCCGCUGUCCUGCGCUAGCUACUGGGAGGCACUGCCCAGCUGGGUGCGCAGCAACCUCUCCUUGGGUGAUGCGCUGGCCAAGUGGGAGGACUGCCAGCGCCAGCUGCUGCUGGGUCUCUUCUGCACCAACGUGGCCUUCCCACCGGAUGCCCUGCACAUGCGCCUGCCCGCGGACCCGAAGCCUGCGGACCCCAGGGCUCUUGACCCCAGGCUCCCCCAGCACCCACCAGGCCUGCCCCCAUGCUGAGCAUGCCCACCUGCCCUGCUGGGCCCCACAGCUUCCCUGUCCGGGAGUUUGGCUGCACUGGGCCGAUUAGCCCCCUGCCUCUCCAGUUACCACUGCAGAAUGAGAACUGAGACCCUUCACUGUAAAGAGGGGGCUCUGCCAUACACCCUCAACCACACACUUGCUGCUUUGGGUGGGGAGCUCGAGUUAUUUGUGCCUUAGUCCUCUCCCCUGCCUGCCCCCUCCCCGUGCAAGUUUCUCCUGAGAACCUCACACCUGCACCACCCUCCUGUUUUUCUUGUUUCGCUGAACAGUACGUGUGAACAAUUAUUUAUUUUCGCCAAAGAAUAUAUACUAGAACACCACA